CGCCCUGCAGCGCUAAAGCCGAACGCCGUAAACUUAGAAGACGAUUUUCUCCGUGAUCGGAAAACACAAAGACCACCAUGACCCUGUAUACCGUCCGAAUCAACAACGAAAUCAUCCAAACCACGGUUACCUGCAAGGCCUCCAUUGUCGAUCAAUGGAUCCGCGGUAUCCUUUACAUCCACCGUUGGCGACUUCAUAAGCUCAUAGUGGGCUUCGAUGUAGAAUGGAGACCGAGCCUCAAUCGUAGUAUGUCUAAUCCAGUCGCCAUUCUACAACUGUGCGUGGGACGUAGGUGCCUCAUCUUCCAACUCAUUCAUGCAGACUACUUUCCUGAUUCGCUUUUCAACUUCUUGGAAGACCACAGAUUCACUUUCGUCGGAGUCGGAAUUCAGCAGGACGUGCAGAAGCUUUCCAGGAACUACAGUUUUUCGUUUAGUUUUCUGGAAGAUCUUCGGAGCUUGGCUGCGUACCGGUUUGAUAUGCCAGAGCUUUGGAAUGCGGGGUUGAAGCGGUUGGCAUGGGAGGUUCUCAGGGUAGAGAUUGAUAAGCCAGUACAUAUUACUUUGAGCAAUUGGGAUGCUCAUUUCCUUACUGAGGCUCAGGUGUGUUACGCUACCGCUGAUGCUUUUCUUUCUUUCGAGAUUGGGAGGGUUUUGCUUUCUUGAAGGUUGGAACUAUUAGGGUUUCUUGUUUCUGCUGUCUGGUGGAUUACAAUGUAAAUCUUGAUAGCCUUUUGUAGUGGGUUCUGCCUGUCGAAGAAAAAGCUUUUGUUCUUUUUGUUUUUCUUUUCGCUUUUGGGGAGAAUUAAAGAUCUAUCAUCUAUGGGUUCAAUCAGUUCUGAGUUACUUGGGUAUUGGAGCCAUGGUUGCUUCUGAAGAUUUAGAGAUGUAAAGUUUAGU